AUGGCGGCGGCGGCGGCGCUGGAACCCUGGCGAACUGCGGCUCGGCGGAAAAGAAGCUCUGCGGGGCGGCGACCGCGGCGGAAGGAGGCGACGGUGGCCCCGGGCCCGGAGGCGGACGGCGAGGCGGACGACCGGGUCAUCCUCCGUCGCAUCCAGGAGGCCAAGGAGGACCUGCUUGUCUCUGAUUUCUGGAGCUCAGCACUAGAAACUAUCACUGGAUGCCUCACAGAACAUCUGGAACAAUUGAAGGCCACUGAGGGGACUCUUUCGGAAGCACUUGGAAACCUGCAUCUUGACCUGCCUGGCGAUGAGUCAGCAGUGACCACUGGCUCUGUCCCAGGGAAGACACUGGUCGCCGGCAACUGCCCUGUGAAGUGUGUGUGUUACGGCCUUGGGAACUUUGCCACCUGUGUCAUAGCCAGGAACCAGCUAACGUUUUUGCUUCUCUUCAUGGAAAAGUGCCGGAUUCCCAGAAGUCACUGCUGGAUCUAUGACCCACUGUUCAGCCAGCUCGAAAUUGCAGUUCUCCGCAGCCUUGGUGUGAUUGUUCUCAGUGAGAAUGAGGAAGGGAAACGGAGUGUCUGCGGUGAGCCCACCAUCUUCUUCAUGCUCCAUUGUGGGACAGCGCUGUACAACAAUCUCCUAUGGCGUAACUGGUCAGUAGAUGCCCUUUCCAAGACGGUCAUCAUUGGGAACAGUUUCAGGGGCCUUGAGGAAAGGUUGUUGACAAGGAUUCUGAAGGAAAAUUACCCCUACAUUGCAAAGAUUUUAAAAGGACUAGAAGAGCUGGAGUUUCCACAGGCCUCACAGUACACAGACGUCUUCAACGACACCUCUGUCCACUGGUUCCCUGUCCAUAAACUGAAACAACUGCCCACGGAAAUUUGGGCAUUUCAGGAAGAACCAGAUUAUCAAGACUGUGAGGACCUUGAAAUCAUCAGGAACAAGACCCAGCAGCUACGGACUUGAACUUGCUGUAGCAUAUUCCGUGUUGGCCAAGGCAGCAGCAGCUGCCACUAAAGACUGAAGGGAAGGCUGCCAAGGAGGAGCUGCUGGGGAGCUUCUUUCUUUGUGGUGGUAAGAUUCAGAGCACGGGAAAUUUUGUUCUCAAGGCUGUGGAAGGACUUGAUAAAAAGAUUUAUGUACUUCUAGAGUAGCUUUAUGCUUUCUAUCUUUCAUAGUCCCUGAAUAGAGAAGUUAUUCUUUCAAACAUGGUUUGAAAUAGUUUAUUCAUAAAUAUGUCCCUUGUGUGCCAGUGUCCAGCCUGCUCGGGCCUGCUUUAGUCUACUUGGCCAUGUCAAUCAAGCUCUGCAGGGAGGUGGGCACCCAGGUCUUCUCGCCUUGGACGAAGACUACUCCUCGGUCAAUGUAGAUGACGAUACGACCAAAGGUGUAAAGCUGCUUCCCUUCGUGUCGCUUCCCAAUGACAGGCAUGAAGACAAUGUUGUGCUCUUCAGCCUUGGUCUCAAUGAGGUCUUUAAAGUUCAUGGGCACAGAGCUGGCAGCCACGCCGAUGCCCCGCUGGGCCAUGUUCUCAGCUUCACGUCGCUCCUGCAUGGCCUCGUACUGGAAGUCCUUCCUCCGCUCUGUGUGGGUGAGGUAGGCGAUGUUCUCCCGUGCUCCAGGCUGCAUGUAGGCACCUAAGAGAGAAUGGAGAGUGAGAAGGGCCCAGCUCUGGAUAUGCCACAGGCACUAUUUCUAGAAAGUGGUACCUGGGUUAGAAAUCCAUGUUUUCAUAAUUUAGGCUGUUACUGAGCCAGAAGCAAGCACCUUCCAUUUCUGUGAUGCCCUCACAGAAAGGCAGCUAUGCCUCCAAGGACAGCAAAACAGAAGGUCACACACACUCAGAUUAGUCAACUGUCUGAUCUGCACAAAAGCUCGUCUGAAGGCUUCUAGGGUAGAAUUGGGGCUUGCUAGCCACUACUCCAUUCCCUUCUCGCUUGCACUCUAAAGUUUUCACUUCAAUUAGCCAGAGGCAGUUUUUAGAACCUUUGAAACAAAACAGCCCAUGCUGGUUCUAUUUUUAACUUACCCUUACAGGCCCAGACCCUGGGAGAAUUUGAAUGUAUUGGAAAUUAUAUUUUAAUUAAAUGUAGGUGACACAUGGAUGUCGGAAAGACCUCAAAUGCCCAGGGUGCAGAUGAAGAACAGGUCUGAGGCUAGGGCUCCAGUGGCUGAGGAAGAGUUUCUAGAAAUUAUGAAAACAGAGGUGGUGGCCCUAGAAGGACCUGGAUAAGGACAGCACAGUAUAUAACCUGUGUUCCGCUUUCACCUACUAGGCUUAGUAGACAGACUCACAAAGUAGAAAUUAUAAUUCCAGUUAACACCCUUCAGUUGUGUAACCUUGAACAAAACCUUAAUCUUGCUGAGCUUACCUGUGAAACAGGACUACUUAUUCCAGUUGCCUCUGCUUUUCAAUGAGUACUGUGCUCUGACACAAUGAAGACACCAUCUAUGAGUGCCAGACACAGUAACUCACUGCAUCCCUCGAUUUUUUAAUAAAACUUAUAAAGAAAAUGGAUUAAAUACUGUCUGUCACUGUCCAUGUGGACUCCAUGCUGUGAGCUGUUACACUGGAGUAGCACACCCAGGCUGUGGGGCUGGCUUGAGCAGACUCAGCAAUGAACCCUAGAAGGCCACAUGGCACAGGAGCUAUGCAGGUGGGCUCAAGAAGUAGACGCAAUAGUGUGAAUGCGGCUUCACUCAGUCUCCAAGCAGGGAGAAGGGCCCCACAACAGAGCAGGCAGUGGGUGCUAGCUGAUUGCUUCACCGACCUUGGUGGGACAGUGUUGAGGGUAAGCUACACGUUAGGCAACUCUCCAGGUACCUGGAAACACUGACUCAUGCAGGCUUUCACAAAUGUGGAGCUCAGAGCCCAGCCCUUCAGAGAGGGAGCCCACACUCACCAACAUUGGAGGACACUGCCCGGUUCAUGAUAUCAAGGGCUUCAUUAAAUUUAUCCUUGACGGAGGGGUGUGCCAGGACUUGGUCUGAGAACAUGGAUUUCCAGCCCAGGUACCACUUAGUGAUCUCCUCAUAGUUUGGGCUGUUACUGAGCCAGGAGCACAGCACCUGCCAAAAAGGAACAAAUAAAGCUUGUAUCCACAAUGGCAACUAACAGACACUUCCCAAGGGACCAUCUGCUUUGAUGCUGGCCCUACAGGCUGGUAACACUUGCAAGGAUUUCCAGAGGCUGAAGAGUUUGGCACUUUAGAGUCAAAUUUGGAGUCCGCUUGGCAGCUAAGUCCCCUUGCAUGUAAACUUCCAGAGCUUUAGCCUCCCAUUUAUUUAAUGGGGCUACCACAGUUUCUACCCCAAAAGGAAGAGUUGGGAUAAUCAAAUAAAGUGUCUAAAACAGCAUCUGGCACACGACACAGUUGAAAUGGUGGGUGCCGUAGCUUCACCAUCCACGUAAUUAACUCUGGUCAUGUAGUUAUCACCCCCUCCCCCCCCCUGCUUAAUCCAAGACCAAGCACCUGAAAUCCUCCCCAUCCCUGUAACACCCCCAACAAAACAAUGUGAGACAAAAUGUACCUGAAGCCAUUUGGGGAAGAAGUGCUUUUCAAGAAGCCCUACCAGGCUAGAGACAGAGAUCAUCCCUUCCCAGUCGAUGACCCAAUAAAACGCAUCCAUGUGCUGCUGGUGGGGGUUGAUGACCAACUCUCCGAGACACAUCCCUGGAAAAGAAGCCCAGUCUCUAAGGCCACGGACGCACACAGCAAAGUCGUCACCAGACCAUGUCAGUCUGAUCUUUUAAAGGUCAAUUUUCAGCAAAUGACAUGCAAUUCUUCAGAAUAUUUUUUCCUUCUAACCCAGAAAUAACACUGAUAUAUUUAAAAGGAAAUAUAAACAUUUCAGACCACCAAUGGCUAUUCUGUUACCAGAAGCCCAAGCCAGACCGACCAGGAACAAGAGUCUGACCGCGUCUGACCGCCACUGCCAGCUUUCAGUAGCCACCUUCAGUAGGAGCAGAAAGGACCCUGGUUGCCUUUACAGUCAACCUCACUGUUCAUGUGGCAUCUCCUUUACUAUGUGCUAAGCUUUUCCAGAGCGCAAAGGCCAUGUUCUGAGCAGCAGUCAUUACUACCUCUGGCCAAAGAAACCAGGGCAUAAGGCUACUGGACCUGGCUGUGUUUUCCCCAUGUCCUUAUUACCCAGCUUGGGGACUAUGUUCUUGACCAUGAAUGCUUCCCAGGAGCCAGGGGUGAAGACAUCUUUCCAGGGCUGGAGAAUGAGCUUGGCAGAGGAGUCACUAGGGUGCCACUUCUGCAGGGCGCUGGACAGCUUGCUGCGGAUGGGGGAGUACAGUGGCUCCAGGCGCGCCUGCAUGAGGGGAAGCCACGGGUGGAUCCAGGAAUGGAUGGGGACAGUGUCCGUCAGGGGGUUCCAGUUUUCCACCUGCAGGAAUGGGAGGAAAGAAACAGUUCAGGCAGUCUGGGGGCAGUCACAUGACACCCUGUGGUGUUAACGGCAAAGCCACCCCAUGCUCUCCUAGCCGAGGUCCACUGUCAACACGUGGGGGACACGCCAUGUAAUGCAGGAACACAGUAGGUCCAAAGAGCAGCCACGGUGCCUUGAGACGUUAUGAACUACCUUUCUCCAAAAGCAUGAAACUAAUCUCAGAAAUGGCACAAUUCUAAUUUUGUCCAGAAAAUGAAUUCCCUGUUGGGCAGGGAAGGGAGGAGUUGGGGAGAAAAUACACUUGAUCUUAGCCAAAAGGCUGAGAAGCGAUAGUUGGGGAGAAAAUACUGGGAAAAGGGCUGGAGUUAACAUUACAGGACCAUGGACGACAAAUCCUGUCAAUUCCAGGCAUUUUAACAGCACUAAGCUAGAAGCGCUAAACAAGUUCCCAUGGUAACUGAUAACAGCUGUUUCCAGAACUCUCGCUCUACCUCCUUCUGCAGCUUGGGGAAGAUGAGCUGGUCCAGGAUAUUAUCUAAGAUCCACACGGGAAUAAUGUGCACCCAGCUAUCCAAAAAGUCCACCAUCGGGUCACAGUUCCUCGGCUGCCACUGAGUGACGAUGCUUCGGACAAAAGGCAUCCAGACUUCCCAUAUCAGCCUAGGAGGAAAAGGCAGAGGGCAAGCUGCACUACUGGGUUUCACAGCUCACACAAGUGUUCCACCACUCACCUCCCUAGCAUAGGAAAGAGGGGCAAAAGAACAGAAACCCAAUCCCAGAAAGCCAGGCCAGUCCCCAUGUGGUCAGACCUGGGCCUCUUCCUUGCUCUCCUGGCUGCCGACUCAAUGCUGUACCUCAGUCUCCUUGCUAGUACCCACCAGCUCAGCAUGGCUGCUGCAGGGUCCCAAGGCCCCUCUCCAGGCACCUUGUGCUUUCCCGCCCAGAGCUAUAUGCACAGCUGACGCUUCUCACCUUUUGAGUCACAAAUGUCACCCCUUCUGCUGAGACCUGCCACAACAUCCCCACUUCCAGUGGGUUGCCCAUGUAGUUCUCUACUGCUCUGCCCCAUCCGUGUCCUGGGUUUACUUGACCAUCUCCUUACGGACCAUCUGCCUUUCUCACAAGGCAACCCUGCCUGCCUGACCCCCGGGGUCAGCAUCACAUCUAGCACGUGUGUGACACUCGAGACAUGCAGAAGCAUCGGUGGAUGAACUGGCAUUCCUAGAGCAAUGCCAGCUGCUAGCAGAGGGCUGAUGGGCCUGUGCCCCACCCUCCCCAUUGGAAGCAGUCGUCCCGCUCCUCCAGGAGACGGUGGCAGAGCGCCACACCUGCCGGCACCGAGUACCUGUGGAAGGCGUCCGCCGAGAGGUCCUGCCCUCCGUGGGACAAGAGCUGGUCAUUCUCCAGGAGGCUCUUCCACUUGGAGAUGAUUUCGGUGCCGUAAGUGCAGUCCUGAGGAGAAAUGCACAGCAGCUGAAGGCAGGGCUCACCAACCCUCCUGCUGCCUGGACACUCCUGAGUCCAGGUACCCUCAAACAAGAAGUGGAGAGAGUUCCUGCCCAACUCACUUUGAGAGGAUCCCACUCCUUGAAGUACUCCUUCAUGAGCGGGUAGACAAUGGCCACGGCCAGGUCCACGCGGUCCGACAUGCGGUACUCCUCAUAAUACUUGUCCUGCAGCGUCUCAAAGAUGUGGGCGCACUCGUCCAGGGUGAGCGGGUUGCUGCAGUGGGGCUGCAUGCGCCGCUCGCAUUCCUCCACCAUCUCCAGGACCUUGCUGAGGUUGGAGAUGACCCGCUCCUCGUGCUCCAGGACCUCCGACAUCUUCUCCAGCUCGUGGGAGAGGUUGACCACCAUGUCCCGCUCAUAUUGCAGCUGCCGGUCGUUCUGAAUGAUCUCCUGCUCUGUCAGGUCGAUGAGCAGCUGCAGGUUGUGCUCCAGCUCGGGCAGCGCAAAGCCUGGGGCCUUGGCGUCCUUGCCAGGCUGGGGCAGCGGCUGUGACUGCAGCGGCAGCCCAUCGUCGGGGACAUUGUGCUUGUGGCUGAUCUGACUGUAGCUGUAAUAGACCUUCUGCUCCCGGCCAGUCAUGUCUAUGACCUUGGAGGACAUGGCAGAGGAGACACAGGUUAACGCUCACUACUGCCACCUGCUAAGCAUGCCCCUAUGGUGGGGAGGGCACACUGCUAGAGGAAAUGGGCCACACUACUCAUCAGAGCAGAAGGGCAGUUUCUCAAAGUGUGCUCAUGUGCACUAAGUUACAGGGGACUCUAACACACGCUCAGUGACAAGAAGCAGUUCUAGAUUGGAUCCCUCAGAUGAACCAGAAAGAGAAAACAUUUUAGAACUGAAUGAAACUUGAAAACAGACUACAAGGUUGAGAGGAAAAUCUAUUUACAUAGGAAAGUAAAGCUGUACUGAUUAACGCAGGCCAAAAAAACCAGGACAUACAAUCAAAAUAUAUUUUAGUAAGCAUGCAUAUUUAGGCAAAGAUCAGGAAGGAUGUAUGGCAGGAUGUUAAAACUGGUCAUCUGGGCCUCUCUGGUGGCCUAGGGGUUAAGUCUCAGCGCUACCACCACUAUGGCCUGAGUUCCAUCCCCUGCCAGGGAGGUGACCCAUGAUGACACAGCAGACCUCUGCUGUCUGGCCCACUGCUCCCCUCAGCAGUGUAUUUCAGUCAGUCUGCCUGUUCUGUUCCCUGCUCUGUCUCUGGUAAAUCCUCUCACCACCACCCCGCCACACACACAUCUCUGGCCUGCACCCCAGCUCUUGUAUGGAUAUGUAAAUUAAUUUUUAAAAACAAAAGUAAAACUGGUCAUCUAUUAGAAGAGAAUAAUCUUUUAUACUGUUGCCUCACUACCUAAUUAUAUAAAAUGUACCACAUUCUGCUCUAAUAAUGAAGUUUUUAAACUUAAAAACAACAAAAAAUUAAGCUUAAUGUAAAAACAUAAUGAAACAUAGGGCCUCCCGGUGGCGCAGCAGUUGAGCGCUGGGUUCCGAAGCUGCCCACAGCCUCUGCAGUGCCGGUUCAAUCCCCAACCGCUGGGCGAGGGUCCCACAUGACACGCAGACCUCUCCUGCUGCCCGCUGCUCCCCUCAGCAGUGUACUUCGUCAGUCUGCCUGCUCUGCUCCCCACUCUGGUGAAUUCUCUCACCCUCCCGUGCUUCUGACUGUACCCAGUGCUUGUAUGAAUAAAUCUUAAA